AUGCCCUCUCGUUCCUUGCCAGUCUUUGGCGCUCUCUGCUUAACACUCACGGCGGCUCAAAACACAGUUUCCCUCGCGCUCACAGCUCAACCCACCUCAGGCGCUUCUGGAGUCAUCAGCCCUUCAUUUGCCGGCUUCGGGAUCGAAUCCUCCAAUCUCUUCUCCUUCACUGGAGGCAGCGAUGAGAACCAGCUCACCAAGAAUCUGUUGGAAAAUUUAGCAAACUACACGGGGACUCCACCACAUCUGCGCAUUGGAGGCAACACCCAGGAUUAUUUCAUCUACGAUGCUUCUCAAGAUGACUAUGCUUGGAAGCCCAACCCCGACCCGGUCGGGCAGGGAAACUAUGCGACCGAUUCGAUGAUCAUUGGCUCCAAGUUCUUUGAGGUGAUCAAUCGUUUCCCCAGUAAUACUCCCAUUACCUUUGGGUUAAAUCUGGCAUAUUCAGAGUCCGACUACAUCAAGCAAAUAACCACUAUGGCCACGCAGGCCGUGGACCAAUUGACCGACGUCAAUCUGGUCUCGUUUGAAAUCGGCAAUGAGCCUGAUCUGUAUCUGCAGAAUGGGUUCCGUACAGGCUCCUGGGGCGGACAGGUCUAUACACAAGAGUGGCUGGACCGAGCAGGCGCGAUUUGGGAACAAGUGCUUCAGCCGAACAACCUCCCGAGCAAUUUCUUUGAGCCGGGCGCCACAGCAUCCACCAUUGGAACGUCUUUCCAGGUCCAGGAUUUGGAUCAGUUUGGCAUCACUGUCAAAGCCAACGGGUCGUCGAAACCGUACAUUGCCAGCUGGAAUCAACAUGAUUACUACUAUUACAUUGGGGUGUCGACCUAUCCGUUGACGGCCUACGACUUCAUGACCCUGUCGACGACGAAUGAUCAGUUCGCCGCCUGGGUCUCGCAAAUUCAGCAAGCGCAAACCACGGGUUAUCCAUAUGCUUUGCGGGAGAUGGGUGUGGUUGGCCCGAUUGGGUUGACUGGCAUUACCGACGUCUUUGGAGCUGCGUUGUGGUCUCUCAAUUUCUUCCUCUAUGCAGCUACCCUCAAUAUCACUUCGGUCCAGAUGCAUAUGACCGACAACAGCAACGCCAGUGCCUGGCAGCCAAUCCCAUAUUAUGGCAACCAACCAUUUGUGCGACCAAACUAUUAUGCUUUCGCUGCAUUCGACCAAACAAUUGGACCAACCUGCGCGGCCCAGGUUGGUGGAUAUGUCAUCCAGGAUCCUCCCGGCUCCUAUGGCGGUCGGAUCGCUGCUUAUUCGGUCUACCAAGCUGGUACCCUUGCCUCGAUCGUCUUGAUCAACUCGAAUCCCGUCAACGUCUCGGAGACGAACAAGCCAAGCCUCACCUGGCAUUUGUCCCUGCCGCAGCAAUUUGCAGGACAGGAACUGUACCUGGCCUAUCUCACCAACGACGGUGCGGAUGCGAAGCACGGUACAACUUGGAACGGCAUCAGCUAUGAGGAAAGCGGUGAUGGUACCCCCACCAGGGUGAACGACGCCACUGAAAGAGUCAAGAUUGGCAAUGAUGGGAGCGCCAGCAUCGUCGUUCGAGACUCCCAAGCGGUUAUUGCCAAUAUCGGAUCCCCGGUUGGCCAACGAAAGGCCAACCCCAGUGCAUGCUCCCAACUUGCUGCCAGCAGCCCCGAUGCCAGUCCUGUUACCACCCCCGUCGGUACAAAUGCGCCGGCUCCGACCUCUACUUCUGAUAGCUCGUCGUCCUCUACAUCGUCAAGUCAUUCGGAUAGUUCUGCCCAGUCAAACACGGCGUCAAGAACCGGCAGCAGUGCCCGUGCGAGCACCACGAGUGGUGUUGCAGGUCUCUCUACGACGAUGUUAACAACAAUUGGUGCAGUAGUGCUGACCGGAAUCUAUCUUGCUGGGAUAUAA